AUGGACUCACCAAGCAAGCCAGUCGAGAUACCGCUCGGUAUGGAGUGGUGCAUCUGCCAGCGCCUCUGUAACGGCGGGAAACUGAUCACAGAGCGACGAUAUCGAGAUCACCUUAAGGCAGAGGUUGAUGUCGCUGCUGGCUCUACUCUCGAGAAGCCUGGAAACGCUACGGAUACGAGCUCUCUCAGGAAGAGGCCCCGCGCAGAUACAGGUGGUGUUAGCAGCGCUUCUCGUGCGGCCCCGUCGAGGCGAGAGGAUCGCGAAGAUGCCAGAUGGAGAAUCACCUCAGCUCAACAGCACGAUACGCUCCCUUACAUCGAUACAGAACCGGUACCUCGCCCAAAUGAGCUUCCUGGCCGUCCAUCGACGUCUCCCGCUCGAUCACCACCUCGAUCCCCCGCUCCCGAAGCGCCCGCGUACACAUCUAAUCCUGACGAUGAGCCUCCAGAGGAAGGCAAAGACGGUACAGGAGAUGAGGGCGAAGGCGAGGAUGAUGAUCACGAAGGCGAGGAUGAUGAUCACGAAGGCGAGGAUGAUGAAGAUGAAGAUGAGGAGAGGCAUAGCGACGAAGACGAUGCUGAGGAGCAGGCUGACGUUCCACCCGGCGGCGGUCCCGGCGAUAACUCGAACAUCACACUUCCUCCCGAGUUCGCGGAGCCGGAGGCAGAUCUAGACGAAAGCGAUGAGGCUGCAGGGUCGGCAAUUCUGGAGUGCCGCUGGGCUCAGAGGCUCGUGAGCGCUAUGAAGAAUGCGGGCUUGGACGGCUCUGGUUUGUCGGAGGAUGUCUUGUACCGUCUCCGGAACCCUUCCGCGGAGGUCUCCACUAUAUCGCCCGGCCUGCGCUUCUCGUUCGCGACGUACUUCGCCACCAAUGGCGCCAAUGGCUCCGAGGACGCAUAUCGUAAGAUCAGAGUCGCUGAGCAGAUUCGCGGGGGGCUCCCUCCCGGAUACGAGAUGCUUUCGUUCGAGAAAAUGGAGAAGCAGCUCGAGAAGAUCAGUGCCGUCUCGCCGAUAACGCGUGACAUGUGCAUCAACAGCUGUAUCGCCUAUGCAGGUCCCGACUUCGAAAGCAGAGACGACUGUCCUUAUUGCAAGGAGAGCCGCUGGGAUGCCGACGUCUUGCGCUCGAGCCGUGGAAAGAAGAAGGUCGCACGUCUGCAGUUCGACACCAUCCCUCUCGGUCCUCAGCUACAGGCGAGGCGUGGUCAUCCCGAGAUCGCCAAACUCAUGCAGCAUCGUGCGCUCGAGGUCACGAAGGUUCAAGAACUCGCAGGUGGCUGCACUUGCCUCACUGUCGAGGAGUACGGCGAUGUCUACGUCGGCUCCGAGCUCUUGACACGCCUGUUGAGCGGCGAGAUCAAAGCUACUGACAGUAUUGUCAUGUUCUCGAUAGAUGGAGCGCAGCUUAGAUGGAGCGCAGCUCUUUCGCAACAAGGCAAGAUCCACGUACUUCCUGGCUGCGUCGUCCCCGGGCCCAACAAGCCCAAGAACCUGGACUCCUUCAUCUACACGGGCUUGUACCAUCUGGCGGCGCUCAUGAACGAAGGUCUUCAUGUCUGGGAUGCUGCUUCGGGCGCAACAUACGUGGAUCGGCCAUUCCUCGCUUAUGUGACCGCCGAUACACCAGCAAUGGCAGCUCUUAAUGGCAUGGUCGGCCAUCUUAGCCGCUUUAGCUGCCGCUUCUACUGUGCCAUGCCCGGGCGCAACAAGGGCAGUAAACCGACCUACUACCCCGCUUCAUUGCGCCCAAAUAAUCCGUCUUCUGCGCAGUCUAAGCACGAUGACUAUAAACUGAAGGAUCUGGCAAAGGAGACGACCGAAAAGCAGCGGACGCGGUCGGUAACAUAG